UUCAGUGCUUACUCCCCGUCUGGCGUUAGCGGAUUCAUUCUCACAGUUACAGAUUGGGGGCUGUGAGGAUGGCGACGAUAGUGGAAGCAGCAGCAGUAGACUCUGAGCCUACUUGUAGUAGCAAUGCAGUAGCGUCUCCAUCAUCUUCAAACCUUUCCCACCGGUUUCUCGACAAUAAAUUCUAUUUGCUGGUGGUUAUUGGAGAGAUUGUUACCGACGAACAACUGAGGUGUGCCAUUGCAGAUAUACAGCGAGGAAUCCGCUCUUGGGACACAAACCUCAUUGAAUGCAACUUAGAUGACGAACUGAAACUCUUUGUUUCUCGACAUUCUGCACGAUUUUCGCCUGAUGUUAGAGGUCAGAAAAUCCUGCACCACAAAAGCGAUGUCCUGGAAACAGUGGUUCUCAUGAACCCAUCAGAUGAAGCUGUCAGCACAGAGGUGCGAUUGAUGAUCACAGACACUGCUAGACAUAAACUACUGGUUCUGUCAGGACAGUGCUUUGAAAACACAGGGGAACUCAUACUGCAGUCUGGAUCAUUCUCCUUUCUGAACUUCAUAGACAUCUUUACUGAUCAGGAGAUUGGUGAAUUGCUUAGCACCAUACAUCCUGCGAACAAAGCAAGCCUAACCCUGUUCUGCCCUGAGGAGGGGGAUUGGAAGAACUCAAACCUGGACAAACACAAUCUGCAGGACUUCAUCAACAUGAAGCUCAACUCGUCCUCUAUACUGCCUGAAAUGGAAGGACUUUCAGAGUUUACAGAAUACCUCUCAGAGUCUGUAGAGAUUUCAUCUCCAUUCGACAUCCUAGAACCACCAACCUCAGGGGGCUUUUUAAAGCUCUCAAAGCCAUGCUGCUAUAUUUUCCCCGGUGGGAGAGGAGACUCGGCCCUGUUUGCGGUCAACGGAUUCAACAUGCUCAUUAAUGGAGGGUCAGAUCGCAAGUCCUGUUUCUGGAAGCUUGUGAGACACCUGGAUAGAGUGGACUCAAUACUUCUGACACACAUUGGAGACGACAACCUUCCUGGAAUCAACAGCAUGCUGCAGCGGAAAGUAGCAGAACUAGAAGAAGAGCAGUCACAGGGAUCUACUGCCAAUAGUGACUGGAUGAAAAAUCUCAUCUCCCCCGACCUGGGAGUGGUGUUUCUAAAUGUUCCUGAGGACCUGAAGAACCCAGAACCGAAUUUUAGGGUCAGAAGAAGCAUUGAGGAGGCUAGUCUUACACUGCAAUACUUGAAUAAAUUAUCUUUAAAACCAGAACCACUUAACAGAGGUGUCGGAAAUGAUAUAGAUCCUAUCAUUCUCUUUCAGAAAAUGGGAGUGGGACGAUUAGAAAUGUAUGUGCUAAACCCAGUUAAAAACAGCAAGGAGCUGCAGUAUUUUAUGAAGCAGUGGACUGGCAGCAGUAAAGACAAAGCCUCUGUCUUGCUCCCGAGUGGCAAAGAAUCUGAGAUUCCAGUCUCUUACUUAACCUCAAUUUCGUCGUUGAUUGUAUGGCAUCCAGCUAACCCCACUGAAAAGAUAGUACGUGUUCUGUUUCCAGGCAAUGCAUCUCAACACAAUAUACUAGAAGGCUUGGAAAAACUUAAGCAUCUGGACUUCCUAAAGCAGCCAGUGGUCAGCCAGAAAGAGCUAACUGCAAACAUCGCUGCACCAGGUCUGAAACAAGCUAAGCUGAAACACAAGACGGACAGUAUUGAAAGUCUAAAACCAACAUCCAGACCAUCAUCAAGCAGAGGAGUUAGGAAAGAAUCAAAAGAAGAGCCGUCAGAGGCAGCAAAAGCAGACACACAAGAAAAGACCCAAACAACAGAGAAAAAGGUAAAAACAACCGUGAAAAAAGAAAAACCAAAGCCACCGGUGACAGAGAAAGAGGCCAAGUCAAAAUUAGAGCAACCACUUCCAACAGAAACCCCAGACAAGCGCAAGGCUGACAUAAAACCAAAAGUGGUAAAGGAAAGGGUAGUUAAAAAGGAGGCCAAGGCCCAGAAAUCUGAAGAAAAGAAAAAAGAAGAAGUAAAGAAGGAGGCAGCUAAGAAAGAAGUAAAAAAGGAAGAAAUAAAGGAGUUGAAAAAAGACCUGAAAAAGGAAGUGAAAAAGGAAGGAAAGAAAGAGGUGAAGAAGGAAACACCAAAGAAGGAGGUUCCAAAAGAAGAGAAGAAAGAACUGAAAAAAGAAGACAAAGACCUUAAAAAGGACAUGAAGAAAGCACCGAAAGACAUGAAGAAAACAGCCACCCCUCAGGCUGAUGCCAAAAAGCCUGUGCCAAAACCAAAAGUCCAAAAGAAAGAAGAGUCAUCAAGGAAGGAUCUAGGAAGCCCAGGAAAAACCAAAGAGAAGGGAAAGAUCAAGAGUACCAAGAAAGACAACAAGCCCAGUGAGUCCAAACUUGUUGCCGCUGCAGCAGCCGGGGCGAUGGCUAGUGUAGCAGCUGUGACAGCCACAGUGGAGGCUCUUGAAGCUGAACGGUCACUUAUGUCUACACCCGAGGAUCUCACUAAAGACUUUGAAGAACUCAAAGCUGAACAAAUAACAGAAGAUGUAGAGAGCAAACCACUGCAUGAGCAACCAGCAGAAGAUGAAGAAGCUGUCAUGGUGCAACAUGAGGAAAUAAUGGUCAUCAAAGAAUCUGAGGAGCCUGUUGAAUCUCCUGAUGAAGGGAUAACAACCACAGAAGCUGAGGGAGAGUGCGGACAGACCCCCGAUGAACUGGAGUCCCGAGAGAACAUUAAUGAUGACAUCAAUGAGAAGUUUGAAGAUGAGGGCACUGGUUUUGAAGAAUUGUCAGAAGCUGGAGACUAUGAAGAAACAGCAGAGACUGAGGAGGUAGAACAGGAGGAGGAAGUUGUGGAGGAAAGGACAGAGAAGAAGCAUGAUAAUGUGAUCAAGGGAGAAUUAGUUGAUACAGAAGCAAAAGAUCUUGCUGAAGCAGAUGAACAAACCAAACCUGAACAUGUGUUGGAAAAGGGAAAAUCCAGGGAUUCUGAAUCAGGAGAGGAUCAAGCAGAGGAAGAUUUAGAAGAAACACUUGUAAAGGAAGGGGAAGAAUCUGAGGAAGAAGAGGCAGAAGAGGAUGAAGAUAAAGGUAUUAAAAGAGAAGGCGAUGUAGAUGAAGCUGAACGAGACACAAGAGAUUUUGAGAUUGAGGAAACAAAGGAAAAACACAGUCUGCCUGCUACAACUCCACCCAAAAUGCCUGCACCUCAGUCCCCUGUCAUUGAGCAUGCAUCUAUUCAUGAUGAAACUCUACCAGCUGGUUCUGAAAGUGAAGCCACAGUGUCUGAUGAAGAGAAUCGUGAAGAACCACCUGAAGAAUUCACAGCAACUUCAGGUUAUACACAGUCUACAAUUGAGAUUUCCAGUGAGCCGACACCAAUGGAUGAAAUGUCAACACCAAGAGAUGUUAUGAGUGACGAGACCACCAAUGAGGAAACCGAGUCUCCUUCUCAGGAGUAUGUGAAGUUUGGAAUGACAGCUUACUCCAGUGAGCAGGACAGAACCAAACUCUCUCCUCUUCCUGAUAGCUUUAAUGAAUACUCGUCAGAUCAUUCGAAGAGCGAAGCCACUGAAGGUAAUGUUUAUCAUCAUUCAGCCUCUACAAUAUCGCCACCUUCAUCAAUAGAGGAAGACAAAGUCUACAAAACACUGCCUAGUGAAAUCCUUACUCCCAAAGAAAACGAAAGUGAAUACGGGUUACACCUGGAUACUCGGGAUAAAUUGUUUCUUGACACAAGAUCUAGUCCCGCUCCUCUCUCACCUCAAGCAAAAACACCUACAAGUGAGCGUAGUGUAAACUUUGAUUUAACUCCAACCGCAAUUGCAGCACCAAUUGAACUGGGAACCACCCUUUCUGAAGUCACCAGUGAUGUGAUGGAUCACUCUGCCAGUCCAGAUGACAAGACCUUAGAAGUUGCUUCUCCUACACAAUCUGUUCCUGGAAGUGCAGGUCACACACCCUAUUACCAGUCACCUGUGGAUGAAACGACAAGCUCUGUGCCCGCUACUGGAAAGACCCCAGGUCCAAUUAUAGUCGAAGUAACUGAUGAAAAAGGUGAACCUUCAAACAACAGAGUUAGUCCAAUGGAUGAACCUGUACCUGAUUCUGAGUUCCCUGUUGAAAAGGUCUUGUCUCCUCUUCGUAGUCCACCGCCACUGGGAUCUGGAUCUCCAACAGAAGGGUCACCAAAUGCUGAUGCAAAGUCACCCUUUGACAUUUCUGAACCAUCAUUAGAUGUCAAGCAUGGUAACAAUAAGUCACCCAGUAGCUUAAAUCCCUUUGUCGACUGUUCUUCAGCGAGUUCAGUUAGUGUUUUACAGGAAAAGCAAGAAGCAGCUUGUCUGGAUUUGGAACCUGGAAAAGACAGUUUCAGCCCGGAGAACAAACUGCAGGAUAAUGCAUCUGCUGGAAGCAAAAGCUUGGAAGCUUUUCAAGAAAUUAAACCAUCUACUGAUCUGUCACCCAUUUCAGUUGAUGCUAACCAGUUUGGUUCUUUCAAAGAGGAGAGUAAAAUGUCAAUUUCCGAAGAAACAACAUCAGACAAAUCAGCCACUCCAGCUGACGAGGUUGUAGCAGAGGACACAUUUUCUCAUAUCGAAGGAGUGGCCUCCACGUCAACUGCCUCUCUCGCUACAAGCUCAUUCCCUGAACCCACAGCAGAUGAUGUCUCUCAUUCGCUCCAUGCUGAAGUGGGCUCCCCACAUUCAACUGAAGUAGAUGACUCUUUGUCUGUAUCUGUAGUACAGACACCCACAGCAUUCCAGGAUACAGAGAUAUCUCCAUCUAAAGAAGAGUGCCCAAGACCAAUGUCACUUUCUCCAGAUUUCUCACCUAAAAUAACAAAAUACAGAGCCCCAAUACAGGACAGGUCCCCAGAGCAGUCCACCAUGUCAGUAGAAUUUGGUCAGGAGUCUCCUGAUCAUUCUUCAGCUUUAGACUUCAGCAAACAGUCCCCUGAACAUCCAGCAGUCAGUGCAAACCUUCACAUCACUGAGAAUGGACCCACUGAAAUUGAAUACAGUCCUUCUGAAAUGCCAUAUACCAAAUUUGCAGAGCAAUCCAUGCUGCCAGUUGAGAAACCCAUACUUUUCCAGGGAGAAAGUUCUCCACAUGUAGCUUUAACAUCUCCAAAAGAGUCUCGUCUGCCCACCCCACCUGCUCACUCUCCAUCACAAGUAACAGAACCAUGUGCUGUUUCAUCAUUUGUCAGUGGUGGUUCACUGGCCUCAGAGAGUUUGACACAUACGUUUGAGGAAUCUUUACAGCAACAGGACAGAGAGUCUCCUGUUACACCCAGAGCAGCAUCCCCUACCCACUCACCACAUUCCUCUGAUUCAUCAUUAAUCUUAGGAAGCUCACUAGUACCAGAAAGCAUGUCCUAUAAGGCAGAGGAACCUUCACAAAUGCAGGAGAAGUCUCCUACCACCCCAAAAGCAGGCUCUCCUGCAUGCUCUCCACUUUCUUCAGAUUCCUCAUUUAUUAUGGAAAGCUCAAUUACACCUCAAAGUUUGCCAGUUAAAGUUGAAGAACCUUCACAACAACAGGACAAGUUUUCAGUCAGUCCCAAAGAAGCUUCCCCUGCAUACUCAGCACUGUCCCCUGAAUCGGCAUUGUUAUUAGGAGGCUUAGUGCCUGCAGGAAGCCUAUCACUAAAAGCAGAGGAACUUCCCAAACAUCAAGACCAGUCUCCUGUUAGUCCAAAAGCAGCUCCCCCUGCAUACUCACCACUUUCCACUGAUUCAUCGUUGUUCUUAGGAAGUUCAGUUGCUCCAAGAAGCUUACCAAUAGAAACAGAAGAACUUACAGAAUAUCAAGACAAGUCUCCUGUUAGUCCCAAAGUUUCUCCUCCUGCUUACUCACCACUUUCUUCUAGUUCAUCAUUUUUAUUAGGAAGCUCAGUAGAUCCUAAAAGUGUUUCAAUUAAAGAUGAUGAACCUACCCAAAAGCAAGACGAGUCUCCGGCUAGUUCCAAAGCAGCUUCGCCAGCAUACUCACCACUAUCGUCUUAUUCACCAUUAGUCUUAGGAAGCUCACAAGCACCGGAAAGCAUGUGCUUUAAGGCAGAGGAACCUUCACAAAUGCAGGAGAAGUCUCCUACCAUCCCAAAAGCAGAAUCUCCUGCAUGCUCUCCACUUUCUUCAGAUUCCUCAUUUAUUAUGGAAAGCUCAAUUACACCUCAAAGUUUGCCAGUUAAAGUUGAAGAACCUUCACAACAACAGGACAAGUUUUCAGUCAGUCCCAAAGAAGCUUCCCCUGCAUACUCAGCACUGUCCCCUGAAUCGGCAUUGUUAUUAGGAGGCUUAGUGCCUGCAGGAAGCCUAUCACUAAAAGCAGAGGAACUUCCCAAACAUCAAGACCACUCUCCUAUUAGUCCAAAAGCAGCUCCCCCUGCAUACUCACCACUUUCCACUGAUUCAUCGUUGUUCUUAGGAAGUUCAGUUGCUCCAAGAAGCUUACCAAUAGAAACAGAAGAACUUACAGAAUAUCAAGACAAGUCUCCUGUUAGUCCCAAAGUUUCUCCUCCUGCUUACUCACCACUUUCUUCUAGUUCAUCAUUUUUAUUAGGAAGCUCAGUAGAUCCUAAAAGUGUUUCAAUUAAAGAUGAUGAACCUACCCAAAAGCAAGACGAGUCUCCGGCUAGUUCCAAAGCAGCUUCGCCAGCAUACUCACCACUAUCGUCUUAUUCACCAUUAGUCUUAGGAAGCUCACAAGCACCGGAAAGCAUGUGCUUUAAGGCAGAGGAACCUUCACAAAUGCAGGAGAAGUCUCCUACCAUCCCAAAAGCAGAAUCUCCUGCAUGCUCUCCACUUUCUUCAGAUUCCUCAUUUAUUAUGGAAAGCUCAAUUACACCUCAAAGUUUGCCAGUUAAAGCUGAAGAACCUUCACAGCAACAGGACAAGUUUUCAGUCAGUCCCAAAGAAGCUUCCCCUGCAUACUCAGCACUGUCCCCUGAAUCGGCAUUGUUCUUAGGAGGCUCAAUGCCUGCAGGAAGCUCAUCACUUAAAGCAGAGGAACUUACCGAACAUCAAGACCAGUCUCCUGUUAGUCCAAAAGCAGCUCCACCUGCAUACUCACCACUUUCCACUGAUUCAUCGUUGUUCUUAGGAAGCUCAAUUGCUCCAGGAAGCUUACCAAUGAAAGCAAAGGAACCUGCAGAAUAUCAAGACAAGUCUCCUGUUAUUCCCAAAGAUUCUCCUCCUGCUUACUCACCACUUUCUUCUGGUUCAUCAGUUUUAUUAGGAAGCUCAGUAGUUCCGAAAAGUUUUUCAGUUAAAGAUGAGGAACCUGCCCAAAAGCAAGACAAGUUUCCUGCUAGUUCCAAAGCAGCUUUGCCAGCAUACUCACCACUUUCGUCUUAUUCAGCUGGCUUUGAAAAGAGGUGUACUUCUUCACAUUCUCCAGAACAGGAGUCUAGGAAGCUUGACUUCACAGAUGCAGACUCGUGCAAAAAGACUCUUUCACCACAGUCCCGACAUGAUGUUGACUUAUGUUUGGUCACUUCUUGUGAAUACAGGCACCCUAAAACAGAACUGUCUCCCUCCUUCAUUAAUCCCAGCCCCCUGGAAUUCUUUGCUAAUGAGGAUAACUCUCAAAAAGAUGACAAGCCUUUAACACAGUCUGGUGGAGGACAGCCCCCAUCUGGAGGAAAGCUUCAUCCAAGGCAGUGUGAUGAAACCCCACCAACUUCAAUUAGCGAGUCAGCCCCAUCUCAGACAGAUUCGGAUGUGCCUCCAGGCACUGAAGAAUGCCCUUCCAUUACCGCAGAUGCCAACAUAGACUCAGAAGAUGAGUCUGAAACUCUUCCUACGGACAAAACUCUUACAUACAGGCAUAUGGAUCCCCCACCAGUCCCGCUCAGAGACCCAGCUCCUUCCGCUCCUCACCCUGAUGUCUGCAUGGUCGACCCUGAAGCGAUCUCUACUGAGCAGAACCUAGGGAAGCCCUUGAAAAAAGAUGUCAAAGAAAAGACAAAGACCAAAAAGCAGGGCACUAAGACCAAGUCUUCCUCACCAGCAAGGAAAAGCGAUGGCAAGACUAAACCGUCUGCCAUCACAAAGACUAAUGCUGCAAAGGAAGCAUUAGAUAAGAUUUCAAAAGUAGCUUCUCCAAAGAAGAAAGACUCAACAGGAUCCAAGUCAAGUGCCAAUUCUGAUAUAAAGCAUUCUGAGGAAAAAGAUGCUAAGAAUGCUACCAAUACCUCGGCUUCAAAGGGUACAAAAAGUGCUACCACUGGUUCUGGUAAUAGUAAAGCUUCCAGUGGAGCAGCAGCUCCCCCUGGGCCCCCUGUAUACAUGGACAUGGUAUAUAUUCCAAACCACUGCAGUGCCAAGAAUGUGGAUGCUGAGUUUUUCAAGAGAGUGAGAUCUUCUUAUUAUGUUGUAAGUGGCAACGACUUGGCAGCUGAAGAACCCAGCAGAUCUGUCCUGGAUUCCCUGCUGGAGGGGAAGGCUCAGUGGGGUAACAACAUGCAGGUCACUCUCAUCCCAACCCACGACUCUGAGGUGAUGCGGGACUGGUACCAGCAGACUCACGAGAAGCAGCAGGACCUGAACAUCAUGGUGUUAGCAAGCAGCAGCACCGUGGUCAUGCAAGACGAAUCUUUCUCUGCUUGCAAGAUUGAGCUGUAAUCCCAGGAACUCCAUGGAGUCUGCUUUCCUUAAUGAACCCUUCAAUUUAAAGAACAAAAACAAAAAACAAAACAAGAAACAAACUUUCAGAUUGAUUUGAAACAGGUAUAGACAAAAAAAAAAAAAAACGUACCAUACAACUAGUUACUAACUAAUUCAGUAAUUUUUAAUAACUAAGGCACAUCUUCCUUAAACAGGAUUCAGGCUGCUGUCAAGUGAUGUAGAGUCAAUGGAAAGUGAUUUGACUGAAUUGUAGAACCAUGUACAGUGUAUCUCUUUCUUACAGGUGAUAAAACAUCAGAGUGUUGGGACAGGCACGCAAUUGCAUGUAUAAAGAGGUGGGUGAAAUCUGCACGUGCAGCAGUUUGAAUCUUGUUUGUUGGACAGGACAACGUUUUAAUUAAUAUGCAGAGGUAACCCAAGGCAUGCUCCCGCUGAAACAACUUAAACUGACUUAGUUCUUCCCGUGCUAUAAUGUCAUUUAAUCUUGAGAAACCUGCACGUUCAUUAACAACCACAAAACAGAGCAAUGGCUAGUACCCUGAAGCAAAGACCAGAGGAUAUGGGAGCACACAUUCUGGAAAAUGGGCUUAGAAAGGGACUUGAAUGUAAAAGAGGUAUUUGAUGUGCUUACUUUUUAAUGCGAAACAGCAGGUGUAAUAGACAAAAAAAAAAAAAACAGAAAAAAGGUCAGUAGCAACAUCCAUGGUGCCACAAUGUCCUUCUAACAAGCCUCUCAGCUACACAUUUUGUUUGAAAUGGUGAAAGCGAAUCUUAUUCGCAAAGAUUUUCUUUCAAGGAAUAUUUGUCCCACUGAACAAAACAAUACUGAAAGUUUUAAAAUUCAAACCUUUAAAACAUUUUCUUUUUAGAAAUCGUAACGAUAGAUGUUGACGAGUUUGUUUUCCUUUUAUAUGCAAGUUGUUGGUUGUGAUAUUAUUUUAACGUUUGGACAAUCUGUACAGCUCUGUAUGUAAGGAAGCUCUUUUUUUUUUUUAAAUAAUGUAUUUAUUGGAAUGUAAUUUGAAUUGUGGUAUUUUAAUGCUGUCAAGGUUGGUGUCAAGGCAAAGUCAAAACUGGUCUCCAGACCUAGGUGUCAGAUUGUAUUGGAAAAACACAGUUGUAAGUCUAGUUAAGAAUUUGUCUUGUUGCCAUAUUCAAGAUAAGGAACGGAAUCACUUUAAUCACUGCGUGAUUCUUACAUUCUGGCUUGAGUAUAAGAACAAUAACUCAAACCUGAGAUUUCAAGGCUGCGUGAUGGGCAUUUGCUUGAAAGGUUUGCUUAAUAUAAAGUUCUAGCAGCUACAUUCAUAGGCACUUUUGUUUUUAUUUGGCUGUUCACUGUAUUUCCAGAACUGUAUGAUUGUGUUUUCAGAAGGUAGAUGCCUUCCUAAAUAGUGACCUCAUUUGAUUUGUCUACAUUGUCUAAUUAGGAUUGUUUACUCUAAGCAAAUGUUUUGCACUUACGUUAACUUGAGCCUUUAAACCGGAGACAAGAGUAUUGUUUACUUUAAUUCUCCACUGUCCUCUGAAUAUGUUCCUACAAAUUCCUUAAUGUUUUCAUUGAUGCACUAGCUUGUAGCGCGGGCUAUAUUUCGCAACACGGAUGUAAACUUCACUUUGGCAGUAAAUGAGGUGUUGACCAAGAGCAUUUCAAUUCCAUUUCUUUUUCAAUUGGUUGGAAUAAUCAAAGUUUAAAUAUAUUUUCUUGGAAGGUGUGGAUUACUACAAUUCCUAACAGACACACAAACAGCUAAUGAUUUUAAAAGGCCGACUUAAGGCCUACUUGAAUGUGACUUGUUUGUUAACUGAGAUCAUUUCUUAACUUUUGGAAGGUUCCCUGGAUUUUUUUUUUUUUUUAAGAACUGUACUAUAAUUAUAAAUAGACUUCAGGCAGGGUGAAUGGUUUGCACAGAAUGUGCACGUGCUAUGUGUAAUAUAUUUACAUUUUGGAAAAACAAAAGGAAAAAGAAAAAAUGCUUUGAAUGGGAUGAAAGUGUGCACACCCAUGCAACAAUGUUCACUAAAAUAAAAUUAAAAAAAGUCAUACACUACACAACCCACCCUGCGUCAAAUAAAAAAAAAAGGCAAGCAAGCUCUCUUUACCACUCUCCGGACAUGUAAGGAAAUGAGCAAGAGCUUCCUGCAGUCAGCGCCUUCUGUUCAGAUUUGAAAUGUUCUGCAAAUUGUACUUUGAUAAAUGGCAAGGAUCUCCCCCCCUUGUAUUUCUGUAAAGAUACUCUCAGAGGGUAGAGACGUUACAGGGUGAAUACAGCUGGGAGUGUUAUAGAGAAGGUACUUAGUUUAACCAUGCGGAUCUCAAAAUGUGCUGCUUUCAGCUUUCAUACUGCCUCCUCUGCAAAAGAGCCUGCAAUGAAAAGUCUACACCAUCACCACUCAACACUAGCGCAAUCCAUGUAAUAAACAGGCGACUGUCACAAUAAAUACGAUCCUGACCUAAGUUAUGCUGAUAAAGAGGGAUCAUACACUUAUUUGUACACCCGGACUGAAAUUAUUUUCAGUAAUCCUUUUUUACAUUAAAGGAUAAACUGUGCAGCAAUUAUUGCUGUGUCUAGAAUAUUUGACCUGCGUUAACACGAACUAGCUACGAUAAUGCUGUUUAUAUUUGUUUGUGACAUUUUGAAUUCCAAAUCUUCUUGGAAAAUGGAUAUCCCACUGCUAUUUAAGUCUUCAACUCUACUACACAUUAAGUCCACUGCAGUUCGCACAGCAUUGAACUGCAACUUACAGUAAACACACGGUAACAAAAACUUUCAACUUUCAAACACAUGCAUGAACGUAUUACCUUUCCAUCUACAGUACACACUCCUACCAGUCUUAAAUAACCAGCUGGGAAUCGAUUCACACUACUGGCUGUCCUUCAGGGUGAUUGUUUAUGUGUCUGUCAGCAGCUGUGUGUGUGGUAUAUAUGUCUUAUAAUCCUGCAUCGUUCUAUUCUAUCCAGUCAUGUCCGUAGAGAUUAGUUUUAAGUGGAAGUAAUAUGUAGUGCUUUUCUGAUAUGUGUGUGCAAUAUCUCCCUCUCCCAGUGAGGAAUUUGAUGUAAACUACUACAAAAAAAUGAAGGAAAAAAAUUCACAAUAAAAACAAAAUGUGGAAAUUGA